UGCCCUGUCAAAAUCAGAAAUUUGGUUAUUUAAAAAAGAAAAAUAAAAACCUAUUCUCCCAAAAGAGUAGAACCACAUCACAUCUCAUAAUUCGUAUUAGUUAUAGCGUAAAAUCUAUCACCUACACUAGAUAAUCCUGGAAUUAUAUUUGAUCCAAAAUGGAUGCCAUCAGCGAGCUACUCGAGGACAUCGUCAAGGAGUGCGGCGGAUUUGGAAAGUUUCAAUGGAUUUUGAUUCUCAUCCUGUUUGGGACGAAGAUCACGGUCACGUGGAGCAUGCUUAUGAUGACGUUUGGUGGUGCCACGCCAGAUUGGUGGUGCAAUAUUUCCAAGAUGACGUCAUCAUAUAAUGCAACAUCAGAGACGAACUCUUCAACUUCAGAGCUGUUCAAGAAAUGUGAACCCCCGGCUAAUAUGACAGGUUCAUGUGCAUCUAAAAGAUUUUCGUCUGAAAUGAAUACUGUUGUCAGCGAGUUUGAGCUAGUUUGUGACAGCGAUUGGAUUACGUCUUUCACAACCACAAUACAAAUGGCGGGUCUUUUAGUCAGUUCCCCAAUUGCUGGACAAAUGGCGGACUCCAUUGGAAGAAAACCAACCUUUUUUCUCUCCAUUUUCGCUUUAACUGUCUGCAACGUAGGUGCAGGGUUCUCCGUGUCCUGGGAAAUGUUUACGGUUUUCAGAUUUUUGAUAGGGUUCGGUUGUGGAAUGUAUCUGACAACUUUCUACAGUUUUACAACCGAAUUUGUACCCAUGAGAUGGCGCUCUAUGAUUUCCGCUAUUCCUGCAUGGGCGACGUUUGCCGCCUUUUAUGGACUAUUUUCCUGGUGGCUGCAUGACUGGGCGUACCUUCACUUCGCCACAGCUAUCGUCACAGCACCAUUUCUCCUUGGAAUUUUCAUAAUUCCAGAAAGUUUCCGAUGGUCUAUGGCUAACAAUAAGUUUACAGAAGCAGAGAAUGCCAUUAAACGUAUAGCUACCAUAAACAACCGAGAACCUCCAAAGGCCUGUAUAAAAAGACUUUAUGACAUUACUGAAGAAGAAAAAGGUCAAAAGAAACACAAGAACCACACAGUGAUUGACAUCUUUAAAAACAGGAGGCUUCUGAAGAACUCUUUUCUAUUAUGGACAAGUUGGGUGGCCUGUGGAUAUGCUUACUACGCCAUUUCUUUCGGAGUGGAGCAGCUCUCGGGAAGUCUCUACCUCAACAUGUUUCUUCUCAGUGCCGUGGAGAUUCCCGCCACUUUAAUCACGUGGUUCUUAAACAAUUGUAUUGGAAGACGGUGGACUUGCUUCCUGUUUUUCAUAAUUGCAGCAGUAGGCGGGGCUACCGUCGGGACAGUGCAAAUUAUAGAUCCACCGCAGUCCGGAGAGAUUAUUAAUAUCGCCGCCCUCAUUUCUAAAAUGGGCGUGUCCGCCGGAUGGGCGGCACUUAUUAUCUUCACCACGGAGAGUUACCCCACAGUAGUUAGAAAUAUUGGGUAUGGUAUGGCAAAUUCAUCCGCCAGGAUUGGUGCAAUGGUCGCCCCUCAAAUAGUCCACAUUAGUAAAACUAUUCCUGGUGUGAUGUACUAUAUAUGUGGCGGAUGCAUGCUGAUUUCAGCGGUGUUCUGUGUCUUACUUCCGGAGACGAAAGGAAAAGCAUUAGAGAACUUAAUUCCCGAAAAGACCAAAAAGAUGGAACAUAAAAAUCAAAAGGAAAACGUAACAAUCCUAGCAUACGAAUUAAAAGAGAAAGAGAAAUAUUAAAAUAAUCGUCAUUUCAUUUCUUAUUUGAAAUGCCUCCAUCUGUACAAAUAGAAAUUAUUUAUAGAAUUGUAAAAAAAAAAUGCUUUGUUUAAUGUUCAUGUUUAUGUGUUGAAAAAGGUUAUACUGACUGAAUGAUAAGUUGAUGCCUAUAUUCUUUUUCAUAUUUUUUUUCUUGUUUUUUUUUUAACAAAGGACACUCAGAGACUGUCCUAUAAUGCAUUACAGAAAAUUAAUAUAAAGUGAGUUUUAACUGA